AUUCUGACAGUUUGAUAGUUUUGUUGACAUAAUUUAUGACAUUUUAGUCAAUACAUUCCAGUCAUAAAAAUGAUUUGAAUUUAAACAAAACGCCCAUUUAAAUCGUAAUGCUGAUAAUAAACUGUAUAUAUACAAAAAAUCACAAUGAACCGACGUAAAAGUUGUAAAGGGUCUCAUAACAAUAACAUUGUUGGUCGGGCUCACUCAACUUUAAGCGUUUCUGCAGUUGAUUAUUAUUUAAACUUGCCAGUAACAUGUCCUCCUUCACCAUCAGUGUCUACUAUUACUCUUACUCCAGGAAGAAUAAGAAAUAUUGAUCAAGAUAUGGAAAAUCUUAGGGUAUCAAGACAGGAUAAUCCAUUUAUUCAGAAAGUUAUUGCUAGUAGAGAAAGUAUAAUUGACAGUUUGGAUACAGAAGAAGAAUCAGAUCAUGCAAACUUAAUGGCCAAGGAAUUAUCUCUAGAUUUAGAUGUGGAUCCUUUAUCUCUUCCUGAAAUGCACGAGCACAUGAUAAGAAGUCCUCCUCCAACCAAUUGGCCAAAAUCGCCGAAUUUUAAAGUUUUCCAUUUUCCACAUAGUGAAGAUGAAACCAUCUCAAUAGAAGUAAAUGCCAAAGAAUCAACGACAACGGAUAUUAAACAGAAACAUUCAAGUUGGGAUGGUACCGACUCUUCUUCAUUGAAAUCUUAUUCGAAAUCUCACCAUUAUCAAGAUCGUUUUUCCUUGUUAACUCCAAAUUCACAUCGAUCGGCAGCUGAAGAUAGUAUUCAUCUAAUGUCGGAAGACUAGUUUUUUUUAUUUAUAUUUAUUAUUUCUAGCUAAUGUAUUACUAGUCACAAAGAGUCUUAUCAUCAAGAUUUCGUGGUAGAAAUACGAUUUUUUUGCUUAAAACUUAAUUUAUUUCUCUUUGAGCACUUUAUUUAUUAUUUAGUUCACUGAAUAUAUAUGUACCACGUUAUAAUAUUAUUAAUCUUUUUUUUUUAAUUAAUAUGGAAAAAAGUAGUAGAAUAAAUAAUAUUUCCUCUAAAAGUAAUCAAAUUGUUGAUUAAAAUCAAUACCUCCUUCUUCUUGUCUAUACUUAUUCCUCUUUAGGCGUCGCAUUGGAACCGUGUGUUCUCUUUCAUCCAUUUUUACAUGCCAUUUUUGUCUCCUACAAGUACUUUCCUUUCCUCCAGAAUUUUCCCUAUUUAUUUCGCCCUGUUUUCUUUAUCUCCUCAAUUAAUUGUCUUAUUGGUCUUCCUGUUUAUUUUUCCUUAGUUAAUCUUUUUGUAACCCGUAUGAAUUUUGGGGUCUCGUAUACAAUGCGACCCAAAGGAUCUAUUGUGUCCCCUUUUCUUGCUGCGAUACUGGAGUUUAUCUGUUAAUCCCACUCCUUUCUUGUAACCUGUAAUCUGAUGAACUCGUUUAUUAGCCAAAUGGUCGACGAUAGACAAUACUGUAGCUGCAGCUGUACCUGACCUUCUAUCAAUUUACCACAUAGUUUGUUGUGACCUAGUUUUAUAUGAUUGACACACCGCAGCAAAGUGAAUUGACACUUUUUUAUUUUGUUCACGAACCGGACAUUUUUUUGUAACUACAUUUUAUAUUUAUUCCUGCUCUAUAUUGCUCAAUUGCUAUAUUUAGAGUCCAAUCAGUUGCUCUUAAUAUGAUAAGGAGGGGGAAUGGCGUUCACUUGAGAAAAAUAAGUGCCAUUUUUAAAUUAUUCAUUAUACAAAUGUCAGGCAACAAAUUUGCAUUUAGAGAAAAAAUUGAUGCCCAUCUUGGCCAUUGCAUUUACGGCAACGUUUCUCAUCGGAGAGCCUUUUAAGUUGUCCACGAAGAGUUUCAAAUUCUUCUUCAAUUGCAGCUCGAAUGUAAGCGAGAAGAACCCACAGAGUGUUGGGCCACGUGACUGUGCGCGCCACUCAAUCAAUCCUCGUCUGUCUAUCUAUUCUCCAAAAUGAACAUUAUGAUGUUAACAUCGAUAUUUAUGAUAGAUACAUCGAUGUUUGUAAAACAUUUUGAUUCCUUAACUAUUUUUCCCAAAUUUUUAUUAUCCACAUUAAUUUCGUCGUCAUAGCAAAGAUGAUCUUCAUUUUUUCAGUUUAUACCGACGGCCACAUGAGCUUCUUCAAAUAUGGCAAAAAUUUCAUCUACAUACAAAUAGUACUUCAUGGGCUCUAAUUAUUGUAUUCCACAAAUAUUAAUUACGUUAAAUCGCUUCAGUCUCCUGUACUGAGUUUUCUGAACAGCUAAUUGUGCUUCUUCAAUUUCGUCCACUAAAUUGCCAUAAUAUUAAAGUGGUUUUCUUUUUUUUUCGCUCUAAUAACUUGUUUAAAAACUUCUCGCACUGCGCGCGGACGACCCUGUUCCCCCGCACAUGUCGAAUCAGGUGACGUGUCGCGACCAAUCCGAAUAAAGUACGAUGAUCAGGUGAUACAGUUUUAACUGACUCGCUUCGGAGUAAUGCGCUUUGUCUAGUAACAACUAGUUUUAACUGACAUAUAUUAAAAACUAGGAAUAACACGUUCUAUCUAAUAACUAUUGAAUAAAGGCAUCAAAUUAUAAAGAAUUGUUUCAAGGUUUUUUGUUUCGCGACAAAAAUAGUCUUCUCGGUGAAAGGUAUUUAAAAAAUUUGAUGUAAUCACUUUGACAAUAUUUCAAAUUAUGUCAUUGUCAUAAUUUUCAAACAUUUUUUUGUAUAAUUGUUUUAAUAAGUAAAUUUCGAAAUGAAACUGCUACCAAAAAGAUUUAAUUUAUGGCAAAAAGAAUAUCUGACUGAUAUAAAUCGAAAUUUGAGGAGUUCUUCCGUUCGUUUUCCAAAAAUAGCUGUAACUAAUACCCCUAGCUUACUUUCGAUUGCCAAUAAUACAUUUAAAAGCAGAAGAUUCAUGUGUAAUUCAGGGAAAGAUGAUGAAUGCCAAAAGGAAGAUGAUUAUGGAAAACAUCAGUUUCACGAAGAAACGGAAGCCGUUUUAAACGAACAAGUUUUAUCAGAAUUCAUGGCAGCUUUCGAAUAUUUAUCUAUAGGGUAUUAUUUUGGCAGAACCGAUGUAGCCCUACCGGGUUGUCAGGGUUUUUUCAUGAAUAUGUACGAGGAGGAAUUAGGACAUGCGAAUAUAUUUUCCAACUACGUGUUGAUGAGAGGUGGUGAAGUGAAAAUUACCAAUAUAAAAAUACCUGAAAAUAAAAAUUGGACUGUUACCGAUGCGUUCCGUCAAGCAUUGAACAUGGAAAAGGAUAUAAAAGAAAAAUUAACGAACGUUUACGAUGUUGCCGAGAAACACAAAGAUCUUCAGAUUAUGGAUUUAGUAUCUACAGACUUCAUGGAAGAACAGAACAGAUCAAUUUGCGAAAUGGCAAGAUUAGUUACUAGAUCUAAAAUUACUGAUUCCAAAGUGGGUGAAUAUCUGUUUGAUCAAAUGAUAUUUAAAUCGUUCGUUAAGAAAGAAAAAGGAAACUUAAUGUAUAAUCGUCAAUUAGACCUAAUUGACGACAAAGACAAGCAGGGGAUAUAUAAAUGAAAGUAUUGUACUACAUUGUACUUUCUGUAAAGUAAAAAAAAUUCCAAGGUCCAUUUGUAAAAUUAUUUGUAAAAAUAUAACUCAUCAAUAUUCAUUUUAUGUAUGUAUGUGGGAUUGGGGUGUCAUAUACAACCCCAAUUCCUCUUGACAAGUUUCCGGCGAAGUGGCUUUAGUAAUUAUCUCUUUUUCGUGUUUGGUCCAGAGAAGUUUACUAUCUAGUGUGAGUCCUUGAUAUUUCUCCUCUGUUUUCCACUCAAUUACUUGUCCGUCUAGCUUAAUGGACUUGAAGUUAAGUUUUUUCUCAUAGUAAAAGAAAUUAUGUAGGUCUUAAUCGGGUUUACAUUUAGCCCUUUAACCUUUUCGUAUAGUUGAUGAGUCCUCUUUGAACUAUGUCACAGAAUGUAUUCUCAAAGCAUCCUUUUGCGUAGAUGACUAUGUCGUCUGCAUAUCCUUGACAGAUUAUGUUUGAUUUCAUUUCUAUUAACCUUGUCCUUUGCGUAGGUUCAAUUUAGUUCAUAUUAGCUUUUUUUGACCUAUAUGACAUCCAUCGAAGAGUAUAGAUUCCCAGCUUCAAAAUGCAUGGUUGCAAUAUGUUAAACGUGCGUCAAUGUAUGUUAUAAUGCAACUAUACUUUGCGGGAUUCGUCUUUUACGUUGCCAUCAGCGCGUCUCUGACGCGCGGGAUGUAUUAAUACUUUCUAGAAUUUUUUUCGAGAAAACUAUAGCUUUUGCAAAAAAAGUGUAAGGGACCUUUUUUAUCGAGAAAAACUUACCCUACAACGUAGUAUUUUUUAUUUUCUUCUAUCUUCAUCACAGAUUAUAUUAAUAUAUAAUGUGAUGAAGAUAUAAAUGAAUAUAUAAAUAAUUUCAGCCUUUUUGCUUACAAUUUGUAUCUGUGGCCUUCAGCAACUGAGCUAAUGAAUUUAAUCCCAAAAACCGUCAAAUUUUCAGCUAUGAUAGCCAAGAUAUCAGUGUUUGUAGAGCAAUAGAGCAUUUGUUGAUUUUUGUAUUUGAGGUUAUUUGAUGCGAUUCGGGUCUUUUAGUAUUAACAAUAACGGAAAACGAUUUAGUACUUUUUGAUAUUUUGCAUUCGUUCGAUGACGAAUAUGUAGUACCACCGUUUCCAUAUUACACUUAUUGCACUGCACUGGCUGAACUGACUCUAGACCCAGUGCAGACAGUACAGUGAACUAGGUGAACUAGUUCUCUUGCACUGCUAGUAAUAAUAGCGACACGCUUUAAUGUACUCUUUUUGAACUAGUUCUGCUAUUGCAGCUACCAAGAACAAACCUAUUGUACAUUUUAGAGGUAUUUAUCUAUAAGACGUUACUUUUGAUGUUUGAUGGUAGCAAAACUGUCAAUUUUAUUAUUAUUCAGGCUCUACAUAACUCUGGGUUAAUAUUAUCUACAUUUUUAUUAAACUAAUCGUUUUUUUCUUAAUUUCAAUCUGAUACGAAAGUAUUUUUGUAUGAUUCACUUCAUAUUUUGAAAGAAUUCAAAAUAACUGUUGUAAAACAUCUUCCACAAUGAAUUCUAGCACUUUGGGACUGGUAAUAUUUUAGCUGUUCACUUACCCACUUUGUGCUUAAGAGUUAUGUUAUUUUUAAAACGUUCAAUAGAGCAGCUCUUUUAUUGAAUGCUCUUUUACAUGAUAUUUACCGAACGAAAAAGUCAAUUAGGUAUGUAAAAAGAUUUUUAUGUAAGUGAUAUUUUUCAGUGUCCAAAAUUUAAUCACAGGUCUGCAGAUGAUCAUAGAGAAAGAAUAAUUGACGACAGUUUUCUUCACAAACUGUGGCUUGAUAGAGACAGUUUGGCCAAAUGAGAUUAGCCGUCAUGUUUAACCCAAACUCGGUUAUAAAAUUGUAAUUUACAUUCUCAAAUACCUAGAAACUUUCCAAAUACUCAAUAAUUUGAAUAUAAUUUACUUUUUUGUUUAUUCAUAAAAUUGAAUAAAUAAUUUUUUUAAAUAUGUUUAAAUUCUAUAUAUCUUGUAUCAUUUUCUUUACAAUUACACAUAAUUAAAAUUACUGUCUUCUGGUUAUUACAUUUCCAUAGAAUCUUCAAUAUCCCUGAUGUUAUUUUUUGCAUGGACACUGAAGAAAAGCACUUUACAUCGGCCAUAUAUAAAUACAAGAAAUUAGUUGGCGAAGACUUAAUUUAUAUGCAUAUGUUUGCCAACUAAUUUAUCGGCGUUUUCUUAGUGGGAUUGUGGCAAAAUUAAACACCAAGUGUACUAACUCUAAUAUAUUACCGAGAUUUCGAAUUCUUAUGUAGUCAUCGUCUGGGUUUUAAGUUAUGAUCAAGUAUAAUAUAGAAGUACUUAUCAAAUUAUAACAAUAUAAAAAUAACUUACAUUAAGUAGUUUAGGAUUGUGGCGUGUUGUUGAAUUUUAGUAUCAUUUCACAACCAAUAAAAAUUAACACAAAUUUUGUUAGUAACCAGAAACAAUAUUUAUGUCACGAGUCAAUUUGAAUAUUGAUUUUUGUAACUAAUUAAUGAUAAGUAUUCGAAAACUCGGAAAUAUAUUAGAGAUAGUACACUUGGUGAUUAAUUUUGCCGCAUUCCCUAUAUAAUCUAGUCUUGUUUAGUAAUAAAAAUCAACAAAACAAUUUUUUCCUGCUUGCAUUUCCACUUUAAAUUAGUCGUAAACUUAACAUUAUUAUAAUUAAAAAAGUACCUAAACUCAUAUCAGAUAAAAAUUAAUUUAUAUGUCUGAUUUAUUCGAAUGUCGAUUCCUAUAACGAGAUAAUUUAUUUUUAAUACAUUAGGAACAAGUUCAAAUUUAGAUGAUAAUAUAUUGUAACAAGAUUUGUUGUUAGGUUAGGUUAUUCUUCUUUACCUCUCCUUUUAACUUGUCCUUUCCUAUGUGAACAAGCGGCUCUCGAAUAUUUUGGAAAAUUGCUGAUUUGUAGAGCGCCCCGACGUUUGAUUUGGUCGAUUCGCUUGGAAUAAACAGUUCCUUACUCAAUUCUGUCCAUUUUGAAAAUACUUAUCGAUUAGUCUAAAAUUGAGCAUGAUCCGUUUAAAAGUUCAUUAGCAGGUUAAGCGCCGCAGCAGACAUCGGUGCUGAUUCAAGAAAUUCCUACCAAGCUAUGGAGGACAUCGGUGACCGCUAUGUUUUCACGGGCCACAGCGGACACCGCUUACCGCUAUGUCUUCACGGGCCACAGCGGACACCGCUUACUGCUAUGUUUUCACGGGCCACAGCGGAUACCGGUGUCCGUUCCUGGUUUUAUAACUCUGGGUGAAAAAAAUUGAAGAUUAUAAGUUCAAUCAACCCAAAAUCUUGACCAGGAUGGAAGUUUUGCUAAAAAUACCUUGACGCUUAACCUAUUAAUGUUGCCAGAAUAAGUUUAGAUUGUAGGAAAGAUACUAACUUAAAGUUUCAAACAUUCCUUUAUCAGUGAUAAAUGUUCUAGUCAAUGUCUAAAAACUGUUUUCUUUUUGUAAAUAACUUUAUAUAUAUAUUUUAUUUUCAUGGAUACGUUUGUACUUUUUAGCUGUUGUAGAUUUUACGCGGUGUUAUUGUAGCUAACUGAUAUUACUCGUAAAUACAUUCAUUAAACUUCUGAUGCGGAAGCUGAUUUCCAUCCAUCGUGACGUAUAGACUUAUUUUUUUUUUUUUUUCAAGGCAACAGUUGUUCAAAAGUGAAAACUUAUUGGGUCAAAACGCCACGUCAAAAUGUAUUGGAAAUUUAUUUCAGACAAAGUAAAUUCACAUUCAGGGUUGUACAAAAAAUGUUGUUAGUAGUUCGUAUAUAAAAUUCGUGUUUUCAAGGCACAUUCAAGAGAAUUUAUUCGUCAUUAAGACUUUUAAGUGCCAUUUACGUACUUACUACAAAAAUAACUAAUUUAUCAAUGGUUAAUACGAGGGUUGCUACUUUAGUUAAAUGCGUUUGAACCAAUUGAUAUUCUGAUUUAGGUACAACCAAAAUCUAUGGUUUUAACGCUUAUUUGUGUUGACAUCGUAAUUUAUUAUUGAUCUGAGGAAAUAAGAAUAAAUCAUUGGGUGGAAAACUAGGAUUAUCCGGUGGAUGACCCAUCAAUUCGAUAUUUUGAUUGUUCACAAACUUUUUUGUUUGAACUGAUGUGUCAGAGCUCGCAUUAUCGUGGUGAAGAAUGAUUCGUAUUCUGCGAUUGGUUUCCCCAUUUUUCCUAACACUGGUAAACAAAGUCUUAUGUGCCGUUCAGAAUCGACAGUUCUAAGUUGCUCUAAAGGUAGGAGUGAAACCGAGCACUGAAAACGUGUCCAAAUGCUCAAGAAUGUCGCAAAACUGACUAAUUAUACAAAAGGGAUGAUUGGUCUGAAACGGGGUGCAAUAAAAUAUACCAGAAACGUUCAGUUUUCUCAUUUUUGGUUCCUUGAAUGUACGCAUCAGACGUUUGUACGUGCAGUGUGUAAAUCUAAAGAAAAUGUUUAUUUGUGUUUUGGAUAUAAUUUAGUCAGGGGUGAAGGGAAUCUGGGUAUAUAGUCAAAGAAAUAACAAUAAAAUUUUUGAUUAGAUACAAAAUUAGUCACGUUUCAAUUCAAAAUUUUUUGUUAAAAAGAAAGAGCAUAGUAUGUAGAAUCUGUUCAAAAAAAAUUAGCUGUCCAUAUUCGCCCCUUUCGAAAGUUUCUAAUUGUCCACUUUAGAGCUUUUCCUUUGGAACGUAAUUUCAUUUUUGGAAAAGUACCCGGUAGGAUGUUAUAAUAUAGGGGACCCUUUCUAGAACACUAUAUUAAAAUAUUGAAUAUCAAAAUAAAUGUACAUCGGUUUUUUAUAGAAAAAAGUGUAAAGUGAAAGCUCGGUGGCUUCUCUUUGUCGAUGUUCAGUUUUCUGCAGUAUAUAAUGAGAUGAGCGUGUAAAAAAUUCGCUUUGAAAUCCAUUUCAAAGGUCCAAAAAUGUUGUUUUUGUAUUCAUAUUACACAGGCCCUAAUACGAGACUAUAAUCUUACACCAAUGAUAGUGUUCUGCUGGAAAAACUCGGAAAAAGUCAUUUUUUUCGUGACUUCUCCGGAAAAUUCAUUUUUACCGCGGCAUUUGAUUAAGAUUAGUUGGGCAUUUAAUUAUACAGGCCUUAACUUGGCCAAACGAGAUAUAAUUUUACCCCAAUGAUAGUUUCUACUGUAAAAAGUCAUUUUUUUCGGGACUUCUCCGGAAAAUUCAUUUUAUCCUCAGCAUUCAAUUAACAUUAGUUGUUAAUUUAAUUAUUCAGGCGUUAACUUGGCCAAACGAGUCUAUAAUUUUUCCCCAAUGAUACUGUUCAGCUGGAAAACUCGGGAAAAGUCAUUUUUUCCGCGGCAUUUUUUAUGGAAGGAUGCUACUUCAAUUAUCUAUUCAUGUUGUAUAAUUAACUUGCAUUGGUCUGCUAACUUUUUUUCUAGUAGUGAGCUGAACAAUCAAUUCCUCAAAAACUUGCGCAUCGGAAAAUUUCGUGAUAUGGCACUUAAUUAGCACUUAAAUCUCCGCAUAUUGUUUUUUCUGUCUGCUCAGAUUGCUAUCUUUAGUAACAUCUUUUUGACAGCCAAAUGUUCGUGCAAUAUUGAAUGUAUGCGUGUGGAAUUAAUGCCCAAAUAUGCUUCAAUCUCUCGGUCUGUCAUUUGAUGAACUUGCAAGAUCAUUUCACGCACAGCUUCGAUGUUUUCUGGCACAACAGCCGACCUUUAUGAAAUUAAUUCUGCAGCGAAGUGCGAUCACGAUUGAAUUCGGAAAACCAGCUAAAUAUUGUGGCUCGAGACUAACAUCCAAGUAUGUAAGAGUCUCACAUGACGAUUUUGCAUUAUCAUUUUACCCAUAGCAUCAAUGUAAUAUAUAACAGUCGAUUUUGGACGACUUUCAUAAAAUUCAUCCUGUAAUUAAGUGAUUGAAUUCGAAAAACAGCGAAAAACAGAAACUCGAGAUGGCGUUUCAUCACCAAAAGUCGAAGCAAAUUAAUCGGCAGACUGCUGUUGGUUUAUUCCAAGUCGAAAAUCAUGACACGAAAAUUUUCGCGAUUUAAUUCGAUUUUUUGUCCAAAAUGAAUGUUUCAAGUAUCUGCAAACGACUCAAAUAGCACUCGUUCUAGGUACGUUCAUCAUUAAAAAUAUCAAUGGUAAUGUAAGAUUUGACAUAUUCCCAUCAGUGUUGCCAUGUUUCAAAACUGAAGUAGCAAACUCACAGUAAUGAUUGAAUUAAUUUUUGCAUUUAGGGUGCAUUUAGUACUAAUAUUGAACAUUUUCCUUUGAUAGAAAUUUUAGAAAACGUCGGUCAAUCAAAUUGAUACUACUACUAAUAGAGAUAAUUUUUUUUAUUGAAAAUCCAAUUUAAAAAAUUGGUACGACUAAAUUAUGAAAAAAGUAAAAUACGUUAAAUAUUUUGAGAUACAUUUUAGUUCAUUGAGAAAAUUUUUUUAAUAACAUUAUAAAUUAAAGAUGUACCGGAAUUGAUUGUUAAAGGAAUUAAAAUUUUAUUGAAACUUAUUUAAAGCAUUCUAAUGAUCUUAAAAUGAAGUUAUUUCAUUUAUUAACAGGGUAAAAACCACUACGUUUGUAGAAUAAAAAGAAAAAGUUGUAUUCUAUUUAGUACUGUUGAAUUCAAACAGUAUAAAUAGAUUUAAAAAGUAGCUGAACUAGAUGGUGACUAACACCUUUCUCGGUUGAAAUGGCACACUUGGGAUUAUUUUUUAUGGAAAAAAUGCGUAUGGUACUCCCUACGUCACCAUUCAAUAAACGAUAAUUGAAACAGUCCAAAUAAAAAACACCAAGUAAUAAUUAUUGGAACCGUUAUUGAUAUUCAUACUGAACACACUGUUCACACUACCACAACACCAACUCUCACAAUUACACUGUCCGACACGCGUUUCGAUAACCAAGAUUGUCUCACUUCACUCUGUGUAAUGAUAAUUAGAAAACCAACUAGUUAAGUCUAAGAAUUUGAUUAGAACGAAAUACUGAAUCCACUGGCAGCAUUUUCAAAGCUACUUCAACGGUUAAACGCGUUUGUAAACAUUUCAACUAUGUCGUUUUCAAAGGGCCAAAAUAUGUCAAGUCCAAGGGUUGGAGUCUGUGUGAAGAGUGUGGUGGCGGAGUUAGGAUAAUGAUGUCAUGAUUGCUGCAGAGUGAGAAUUUAUCAAGACUUAUAUGACUCUCAUGGAUAUCUAAAAUAAGCAAAAGCAAUCCAUAAAUAAACUUUGGUUUAUCCAUCCAGAGUCUGACUCAGCCCUAACCAUAUUAGGGUUACUAAUUUUUAGUAAUAGUAGAUUCAUACGCUUCCUUUUAAAUAUAAAAAAUUACGGAGAAUGUAUUGACCAGUUGCUCUAAAAGCACAAACAACGUUUGUUGAAGACUCCCUGACCUUUUGCCACUAUUCUCUUAUUGCUUUCUACCGUCGAUAUUACUACUAUCACUACUGGUACUACGGCCCUCAAAGAGUCUUGGUCUCGUCCACCACAUUCCUUCAGUCAUCACGGUCCUCAUACCUAGCUCUCGAAGAUCCUCCCCGACUUCAUCCAGCCAUCGGGCUUUUAGGCUUCUGCCGGUUUGGUACGCUUUGAGCACCUCUCGAUCCUCAGGCAUACGCUUUAAGUAGCCUAGCCAUCUGAGCCUGGCCCUCUUGACUUCUGUCACCAUGCUGGGGUCUUCAUAGAACCGGUAGAGCUCGGUGUUUAUAUGACUGAGCCAUCCUGGUCCAUAUAUUUGGCGUAAGAUCUUUCACUUCCACGUUCAACACCCCUCGUCGGGUGGAAUUGGUGCGAUAGAUCCGCUUUUUCGUUCUCCAAUUCAGUUUAACGUGACUUUGGUAGUAGUUGGAGACUGAAUUAUAUGAAGUCAUAGACAUUGAAAAUUUUAUCAGUUUGAACAUGUUUAUCAUUGAAUUUGUAGAUUUUACUUGACAUAAAACUUAGUAUUUUAUACCUAAAAAUACCUGCGUGUGCCAUAUGUGACUGUAUUGUAUAGAAUCAUAAGUAAUAUUAUCAAGAGUUUAUGCACAUGUUGAUAAAUUUAUUUACAGUUUAUUUAUUAAAUUUAUUGUCUAUGUAGAUUAUUUUAAAUUUUUGUUUCAAAAUUAUAUAUUAUAUAAUCGAAAACUUUAGAAAAAUAAAAAGUUACCAAA